CUCCCACGCAGGCAGCAUGUCUCGACGCCAGCGCCGCGCGCUCUCCGUGUAAUAUAUUUUUGAUUCAAUCGAUAUCAAGCGCCCCGUUCCCUCCUCAGCGAUAACCCAACAACCCACACGACAUUGCCCGCGACCGCAAAUGCACCCCCCCUAACACCACCACCGCCCACCCACCAUGCAUCUCUCCUACCUCUCCCUCGCCCUCGUCGCCCUCCUCCCCACCGCCCUCACCCUCGCUGUCCCUCUCCAGCCCCGCUCCGCCCCUUACUCCUCCCUCCUCGGCCUCACCACCACCUCCCGCGACACCUCAACAACCGACCCCCGGCACCCAACCAAGUACUUCCACGAAUCGACCUCGCACCCGCACUACGACGGCCGCUUCACCACCACGCUCUUGCCGCGGGCGACACGCCUCUUCCACAUGAAACUGCUCCUGCGCGCGUACACAGCCGCCAUGGAGCGCGCGGGCGUGCGCACGUGGGCGAUGCACGGCAGCCUGCUCGCGUGGUGGUGGAGCGGGACCCUGUUUCCGUGGGACAGCGACUUGGAUUUCUGCGUCACGGAGGAAGGCGGGCGCGAGCUGGGGGCCUGGUGGAAUAUGAGCGUUGUGGCUGUCGGGGCGGGGGAGCUGGGGCUCGAUGUGUCGCCGUCGGGCCACGCUGCGAGUGGCGGGAGAGAUGCAGCGGGAGGGCGGCGCGCGGCUACAGUGGGCGCGGUGGAGUUGAUACAGCAGCCGCCCGAUCUGCAGCCCGGCGUCUGGGACAAGGUGGUCGCCGAGGGCAAGAAAUACCUGCUCGAAGUCAAUCCGCACGCUUUCUCGCCCGCGCCCAAUGACCGCUACAACGCCAUCGACGCGCGCUGGAUCGACACCGCGACGGGUCUGUUCAUCGACAUCACCAUUGUGCACCGCGUGCCGCCGUCGAAACCUGUGUUCUCCGUGGAGGAGCCGGAGGAGCAGAUGUACACCAAAGAUACCCACCUCUACACCACCGCUUCGCUGUUCCCGCUGCGCCGCGCCCGCUUCGAAGGCGUCGAUGUCUGGGUCCCGUAUGCGUACGAACAGGUCCUGAUCGAGGAGUACGGGCCCCGGGCGCUGGUGGAGACGGGAUUUGACGGUUGGGUUUUCGAGGGGGGGAGGUGGGUCCAGGGCGCUGAGAGUGGGGCUGUGGGGGGACGAGGAGGAGGGGGAGAGGGGACUGUCAAAGGGGGGUUUGAGAGGCCGGAGAGGACGGACAGCGAGGCGCGGGAGAGGGGGCGGGUGGAUAACGGGGGCGCGGAGGUGUAUCAGCCGCGCCCGGGGCGGGCGGGGGAUGUGCAUGUUGUGCCCGGGGUGUCAUGAUGCGGACGCGAACACGCGGACAAGUGUUGUGCGAAGAACGAGUGUAAGAAUAGGAGUCGAGGGGUGUGUGGGGACGAACACAGCCUCGUCUAAGAGCAUCUAUCUAC